AUGGAAAACUACACCUACAACAGCUUCACCCUCCAAAUAGAAGGGUUUCAGAUCACGAAGGACCUCAUGUACCCUGUCUUUUUCUUGUUCUUUACCUCCUAUGUUUUUGUUAUGGUUAUGAAUAUCGGCAUUGCUGUUCUGAUUUUCAUCGACAAGAACCUUCACCAGCCAAUGUAUCUCAUUUUCUGCAACCUGUCAGUAAGUGAUAUCAUUGGAAGUACUCAUGUUUUGCCUCGUUUGCUCUCAGACAUUUUGCUGCCUCCCUCUGAGCGCCUCAUCAGUUAUUAUGAGUGCGUUGUCCAGGCUUUCAUCACACAGUUGUUUGGUGCAACUUCUCACACUGUGCUCAUGAUUAUGGCCUUUGACAGAUAUGUGGCCAUCUGUAAUCCUCUGCGCUAUGCUGUCAUAAUGACCAACAAAAUGGUGAUCAAGCUGACAGUUUCUGCCUGGGGAGUGGCCUUGGUUCUGGUCGGGAUUCUUCUCGGUCUGACCAUACGGCUGAACCGAUGCAGGACGAUGAUCAUGAAUCCUUACUGUGACAAUGCCUCUCUGUUUAAACUCUCCUGUGACAGUGUGUUUAUUAAUAAUAUCUACGGCCUCACGUUCACUGUUGUCUUGCUCACCUCUUCUAUAGGCACCAUGGUUCUCACUUACACAAAGAUUACAGUCGUCUGUCUGACCAGUAAGAACAAGUCUUUGAACAGUAAAGCCUUGAAGACCUGCAGCACUCAUCUGGCUGUGUAUCUGAUCAUGUUGAUCAGUGGAUUCACUGUCAUUACUAUGCAUCGCUUCCCUCAGUACUCAGACUACAGAAAACUUGCUGCCAUACUGUUUGUUAUCGUCCCCAGCAGCCUCAACCCCAUUAUUUAUGGAGCGCAGUCUAAAGAAAUAAGGAAAUUCUUAUUUGAAAUGUUUAAGUCCAUAAAAGCAAAAAAAUGA